GUCUAAUUGGGCUUUCAUUAAUUAACCCCUCUCCUAAGUUCAUUUCUCUCCAGUCAUUAUAUGAACGUAUAUUGCAUCGUUUCAGUGCUUUCAUCCUCACGGAAUGUUACCAUAAUCCACCUAUCAAUAAAGCUUUUGCCGAAUUUGUCUUAAAAAAGCAACAUGAAUAACGGACCAUCAUCGAAUACUAAAUGGUUAUAUGACAGUCCAAUAAAUUCUGAAGUGGAGGCCAAGCUGAGGCGUCUCUUGGUCGAAUUAGGGAACGCUGAUAAAAUACUUGGAAUCCAGGUUUGUGCAUACAAAGAUGGGAAAGUGAUCAUUGAUACUGCAGCUGGAGUUAUGGGAAAAGAUGAUCAUCGUCCAGUUCAACCCGAUACCUUAUUUCCUGUUUUCUCUGCAACUAAGGGUGUCACAGCAGGAAUGAUGCAUUGGCUAGCCGAUAAAGGGAAACUAAAGCUUGAUGAUAAUGUUGCAAACAUUUGGCCGGAAUUUGGUACAAAUGGAAAACAUCAGAUAAAGAUUCAUCAUGUACUUAAUCAUACAUCUGGGAUGCAUAAUGCUCUUGCUAAGACUGAACCUGGUCACGAGCAAUUCUAUCAUUAUCUUUCGUAUGGCUGGCUUUGUGGUGGGAUUAUUGAGCAUGCAUCCGGGAAGAAGUUUCAGGAUAUUCUUGAGGAAGCCUUUGUUCGCCCACUUAACGUCGAAGGCGAGUUUUAUAUAGGGAUUCCUCUUGGUGUGGAAUCUCGUUUAGCAAGUCUUACGUAUGAUAAAACUGAAUACAAUAUGUUCGCUGCUCUAUAUGAAGACAUUGAGUUCAGGUCUGAGUUUGCCAUGCCUUCCUCUCUCUCACCUGACAUGCUUGCAGACUUUAUUCCCUUAUCCAACACCUUCAAUAUCCGUCGUGCCAUACUACCAGCCAUUAACGGACACUUCUCAGCCCGUGCAUUGGCUCGCUACUAUGCCGCCCUCGUGGAUGGUGGUGCAGUCCCUCCCCGCCAUUCCUCCACCCUCCCACUGCUCGGAAGCCAACCUCACCACCCCACAUUACCUUCCAAGAAAACCUCUGAUUACCAGGAAGAUGAAAGCACGGAAAACCACACCAAAAAUCCUGAAUCCGAUCCUUACAUCAAAAUCCAAGAAACCAGCAACACAAGUGACAACAUCGAUACUAAAAUUUUUAGCAGCGCAAAAUCAAAAAUUCAUGAUGCGUUCUUGGGGAGAGGAGAUUAUAAGGAUUUAAUCUUCCCAAAUGGUAAACUUGGGCUUGGAUUUUGGAAGGCUAAAACGACCGAUGGUUCACUCAUUGGAUUUGGUCACGCAGGGGUCGGUGGUUCGACAGGAUACUGUGACGUAAACAACCGAUUUUCUAUUGCGUUGACCCUAAACAAGCUCUCUUUUGGGCCUUUGGUCCCUGAGAUAAUCCAGUUUGUUUGCUCGGAACUUGAUCUUCCUGUACCACAAGAUUAUUCGGGAUCUUCGAAGUUCAUUGACAAACGAUGAUUAACUAAUGAUCAACUAAUGGGGGGUUUGAUUGAAUACAUACACAACAAGUAUUUGGGUAACUUGUAAAAAUGGGAUAAAGUAUCAAUAUAUUGGUCUAUUUAUGG